UCUGACACAACACGCUCCUUUUAAUGCUGGUGUUGAUAGAGCUGCCACCAUUCCCACCACCAGCCUGAUCAGAUACGACAGUGGGCUCUGCCUGAGCCAAAUGAUCUGCUACAGAGGGUACCCCAGUGAGGAGUAUGAAGUCCUGACUCGUGAUGGUUACUACGUCAGACUGAACAGAAUUCCUCAUGGGAGAGAGAAGCCUGGAAACAGAGGCCCCAAACUAGUCGUGUUUCUUCAGCAUGGGCUACUCGGUGAAGGCAGCAACUGGGUUGAAAAUCUGUCUAACAACAGCCUUGGCUUCAUACUAGCAGACUCUGGCUACGAUGUCUGGCUGGGAAACAGUCGGGGAACACGCUGGUCCCAGAGACACCAGCAUCUUUCCACUGAUCAGGUUGAAUUCUGGGAUUUCAGUUUCCAUGAAAUGGCUAUGUAUGACCUCCCAGCAAUGAUCAACUUUGUUCUGCGGAAGACCGGCCAGAAGCAGAUAUAUUACGUGGGCUACUCUCAGGGUGCCUCUAUUGGAUUCAUAGCAUUUUCAUCCAUGCCAGAACUGGCUCAGAAAGUCAAAAUGUUUUUUGCCCUGGCUCCUGCAGUGAUAAUUAAGCACGCCAAAAGUCCAGUUAUGAAAAUGUCGUUCCUGCUUGACAGACAAUUCAAGGUAUUUCAGCUCCUGCUGGGCCAAACAGACGCCUCACUGCGAAUGAGGAAGCUCUGGAGAUUUCUUCCUGACCUGUGCAGGCACCCAGUCUUGCACAAGCCCUGCGCCACCCUGUUGUUCCUGCUGGGAGGCUACAAUGAGAAGAACCUCAACAUGACCCGGCUGGAUGUAUACACAGCCCACUAUCCUGACAGGACUUCUGUCAAAAACAUGAUACACUGGGCCCAGGUGAUGACCUCAGGAGACUUCAAAGCCUUUGACUAUCGCAGUGAAAACCAAGCCAUAUACCACCAGGUAGGAGGAGGCUGCAGCGCUGGUGUCUGGAGGCGGGAGGUGGGCAGGUGGCAGGGGCGGGGGCCGGGGAAGCCCCCCUGCGUUCAUCCCACGGGAUGUCCCCAUCCAAAACCACUGCCAGCCUCAUGCCGAGUCUGUCCCAGGUGUUGCAGGGCUGGGUUAGCUUGUGGGGGUUCUCAGACGUGUCUGUGUCUCUCCAGGAGAUACCUCCCUCUUACCAGCUGGAGAAGAUGCCCGUGCCCACUGCAGUGUGGUCAGGGGGUGAGGACUGGGCAGUCAACUGGAGGGACGUGCACCUGCUGCUGCCCCGCAUCGCCCACGUCAUCUCCUACGUGCACAUCGCCGACUGGAACCACUGGGACUUCAUCUGGGGCUUGGACGCCCCCGGCCGCCUCUACAGCCACAUCCUGGCCCUGAUGGAGAGGUCUCGGUAGAGCGGGACCCGGCUCAGCAGGCCGGCUGCAUCUGGACACGGGGAGGCUGGGGGCCGAGAGCAGCCCCUGGCUGUGGCACAGAGGAGAGGGAUCGAGCCAAGCCUUUCUCAGCUGCCACAGGCGAUGCAAGGAGGGGCCCCAGCCUUGGGCUGCGGCCCAGGGGGCUCGGGUUGGAUGCGGGGAACCCGGGGCCAGCUGACAGCGAUGCCACCGCCAAGCCGCCUGCUCCUGCUCUGCAUGUCCCCGCCCUGCUGCUUGCUGCAAAGCCCCGGAGACAGUUAAAGGCCACAACACCCAUACGCGCGCAUACAGAACAACAACAGAAAAAAAAACGAAACAAAACAAAAAAAUUGCUCGGAGGGGCCUUCUCUCGCACGGGACGAGCCGGGCCUGUGGCCGCGCCGCAGCUCCACG